AACGGAACAGCUGGAAUCGAAAUCCAAUAUUGAAUCGUGUGUUUUUCAGACGGCGCUCAUUGUAAACGCCGAGUUACUUCAUCUCUCUCCGCUCUCCGCUCUCACUAGAGAGCAAGAGGCACUGGCGUUGUGUUACGUUUGCGUUACGUUUUCUUACGUUCCAUCACGUUUCGUCACGAAAACAACUGUAAAGGCCGCGGGCAGCGCAGUCGACAUAGAGUAAUCGUAGCAUAAGGGUGUUGUUGGAUUUCGAAAAAAUAUCGUAUUGAAGAUAUUUGCUGUGUAAAAAAUAUCACUCGAUGAUAUUAGAAAUAUAUUUCCGACAUCCCCACUUUGCGUGCGCCUCAGUUCGUUUCGUGCGCGCCACAGUAAACACAACCUGGCCCGAAAACACCUACAAAUCGAGUAGGAAAAGCCAACAAAAGGAGUUGAGCAUCGGGCAGCAACCAAACAAAAGUGAAGCAAACAAAUAGCACAAGAUAAUAAUAAAUAAAUAAAUAAAGCAAGCAAGCCACGCAUUCAACACACACACACACACACAGCCAGCGUUCCUGUACUCAAAAGCAUUCCUAAUCGCCGCAGAAAAAAAAUAAUAACACAAAAUAAUCAACAGCAAGCAGCAAAACAACAUCAACAACAGCAGAAAUCAAACGAAUACAACAAGAGAAAUAAACAAAUGCAAGGAAAAUUAUGUUUAAAUUGAAAAUCAAGCCGUGUAUAUAAGUGUUGGUUAGAGAAAUUCGCAAAUUCGCCUCAAAGUGUCACAAAAAGUGUCUGAAAAUUACAAGUUAAAAAAAAUUUAGGAAAUUUAUGCCCUUAAUGUAGCGCAAUUCCUAAAUCAAUUUUAAUCUAAAAUAUAUAGUUAAAACCCAUAAACAAAACAAGAAAUCGUAAAAACACGUCGCCAAAAAGGUCGCCUGUUGCUAAUCGCCAUUAGUUUAUCCGUGUGCCUGGCCUGUGGCAGUGUGUUGGUGGCCGCGAUUGCCCUGCGCCGCUCGGCCAACACAACAGCAACAUUAGCAACAUCAGCAACGACGGCAGCAACAGCAACAUCAACGGCAGUUGCAGCAACAUUGGAAGCGGCAACAACGCGAAGGAUACGGCACAAACGUCGCUCGUCGCAACGACGGCGCAGCAGCAACAACGCGGUGCUGUCAUCUGGGAUUGGAACCGGGAUUGGGAUCGGGCUUGGCAGCGGGUCUGGCAACGGGAUCGGGCCUGGACUGGAAACCAACUCGGCUCUGGCCCUGCCACUAGCAACACCAGCAACAUCGGGCUCCACAGCAGCGGAUCAGACAGCUAUAGCCUCUGCAGCAGCGGCAGCAGCAGCAGCAGCAGCAGCAGCAGCUACAACAGCAACAGUAUCCACAGCAGCAGCAGCAGAAACAACAACACUUUUGCCAACCGAGCCGGAACAUUCUGUACCCAUGCUAUCGGUACAGACGGCCGGCUGCGCGGGAAUGGAGCGGCUCGGCGUUCCGACCCGCACAUCUUUAAGCUCACCACCCGAUGAUAGGGAUCAAUUUAGAUGUAGAAUGCGCGUGGAUACGCUACAAGCACGUGAGCUCCUGGCUGUACGUGGCGAGACUGUGAUUCGUGGCGCCGGAAACAAUCAGCAGCAACACCAUCUCCAUCACAGCAGCAUCACCAGCAACAGCAGCAGCAGCAGCAACAAGCAACAACAUUCCCACCACCAGCAACAACGCAUGACAACUCCAAGCACGCACAACUCCGGCGGCGUCGGCGGCAGCUGCGGAGGAGGAGGAGCAGGCGGUGACCAUCACCAUCACCAGCUGAGCAGUAGCAGCAACAACAACUAUAGUAUUAGCAGUAAUGUGGCGCGAGGCGGCAUCGAGGCCACCACCCUCAAGUACGGCAACACGGGCAGCGGGAGUGGUUGCUACAAGGGCGACUGCGGCAACUCCUCAUCCGGAUCGUCGUGCAGUUCGCUCCAGAGCCACAGCAACGACCACCACCAACAUUACCAGUACCAGCUGCAGCAGCAGCAGACGCCCCGCUGUCCCCAUCACGUACCACUGCCGGACAGCGAGUACGGACAGGAUCGCCACCUGCAGAUCAGGAGCAGCUAUCAGCAAUCGGAGAUCACCAGAUCGUACACGAAACCGCCGCCCAACAAGACGGUGCGGGAUGUGCCCGAGCAGAUCUCGGCGGGCGGCUGCGGCGUCUCCAGUUCCAGCUACCGUCUCACCACUCUCCAGGCCGCCUCCUCCACUUACACGCCCACCGGCGCGUCAGUGUCCGCCUCCUCAUCGUCCAGCAAGUCCAAGCCGAAUGCCAUAACCAAGUUCUUCUCGCGCAUCAGUUCGCCCAAGUCGCCGCCGAGCUGUACGAUGUCCUCGAUGGCCACUGCUUCCCCUCCAUCCUCCGUCUCCAUGUCGUCGUCUGCCUCCUCGCUAGCCUCCUCCGCCUGUGUGUCCACCUCGUCGUCGGCCUCCUCGUUGGCUGCCGUGCCGCUGCCCACGCUGCCGGUGUCCAAUGCAUCGCUGCUGAAGAGCACGGCCUGUGGCUACGGGACAAACCCAAGUGGUACGCACAUCUACGCGGGAUUGGGACCGAGCGCGCAACUGCUGACCAGCCUGGGCACCGGAACGAGCGGCAAUUGCAGCCCCGAAAGGAUACCCACACCGCCGCUGUCCGUCUCCGUGCCCAUCGGAGCUGGCCUGCAGCCACUGAGAAGCAGCAGCAGCAGCGGGAGUAGCAGCAGCACCGCCAGCCUACCCGCCGUCGAGACAAGCACAACAACAGCCACCACUCAGUCUUCCAUUGCCACCGGAGCGACGGGGGAUCUCCCGCUGACCACGAUGAGCCGCAAUAAUUCCAACUCUAGCAUGAUGAGCUGCCACUGCAGCUGCAAUAGCCGGAAUUGCAGCCACUGUGCGGCCAACUCAUAACUGAGCUCGUGUUAAGUUUAACUACAUUGAAAUGUCGGAGGUGGUGCAGAAACCACUGGAGAUUGUAGAGUACUAGUUAAGAUUUGUCCACUAGAUCGUUUCCUCUUCACAAAAGUCUUGAAACAAAAAAGGUUUUUGUGAGGAAAAACCAGGAUACUUCAACAAGUAUGUUCCAUGUUCAGAGUUUUGUGCAGCACCUCCAAUAUUUAAAUAUAUCUACGUAUAUAUACGCAUAUAUUUUUUUUAUGUUAGCCUAUGUUUAUCUAUUAUGUUAAAGUUUAACAGAUUUAUUUUAUGUAGGUCUGUCGCCAACUUUUGCGCUGGUACGAAAAGACUGUUUAUUAGUCAGAAUUUAAUUUGUAAAUUUGAGUAACAAGUGAGAAGGAAAGCUAGAGAAUGAUAAAUCGUGAAGACAUAUAGCUGCGCUGCCGCCUUUUAAGCACUCACCACAGACCAUAGAAGGUUCUUUUUAGUUCUGUAACAUGAUUUCCAUUCGUCGCUUGCUAAACGUAAGGAAACGAAAUUCUUUUGUAAAAAAACAAAGAAAGCAACAAACUUGAAAGAGACAGACACAAUACCAUUAAACUUGAUGAAGGCAAAGAGGAAAGUAAAUAACAAAACAUAAGUGAAUAUGUAAUUGUAAUUUUAUGAAUGAAUAUUGUAUACACUUUAGUUUGAAUAACUCUAGUUUUAAAUCGAAGCCAACUCUUAACUAUACUCUAUCCCAACCCCUAUCCAUAUCCCCCAUUAUUAUUAUUAUUAUUAUUAUACGCUUGUCCCAUGUGCUGGAACACACGAAAAACACACACAAACAAUUUUUAGUUCAAUUGAAAUUCGUAUUUGUAUAUUUGCUAACGGAAUUACAAUGUAAAAAAAAAAAACAAAAUGAAAUGAAAUCUAUGUAACCCAA